GGAGUAUUAUCACAUUGCAUAAUUUCCCCGGAGAAAGACUUGAAACUUCCCAGAAUCAUAGUCUACCCUGUCCAUCUCUUCCAGCAGGAAUCUCAAUCAAUCCUCCCAACAAAUUAAAUCCGCAAAAAAGAAAAGAAGAAGAAGAAGAAGAAAGAAUGUCUCAGCCACUCCAACUCUGUUGCAUUCAAGACGGCCGCCUAACACCGUGGAAACACGUCACUAUCUUCCCAAAUCAUAAACUCAUCACAAACGUCGUCGUCGUGAAGGGUUUCCUGGCGAUAUGUCUGGUGGCUUCAGUCUCUCUCUUCUCCUUCUCCGCCUUCUCCAGAUGGACUUCCACCGCCGAGUACUCCACUAGCGGCGUACGACGGCUGGAAUCCGAGGAUCCGAACAACGCCACCCGCAUUUCCCACAUUCUCUUCGGCAUCAGCGGGUCCCUCAAGACGUGGGGCACCCGCCGACGCUACUGCGAGGCCUGGUGGAAGCCAGAAGCCGCCAUACGUGGCUUCGUCUGGCUCGACCGGGCCCCGCAGAAGUGGCCGGAGAGCUCCCCUCCGUACCGCGUCUCCGCGAACACGUCCGGGCUCCGGUACACGUGCUGGUACGGGUCGCGGGCCGCGGUUCGAAUCGCGCGGGUCGUGAAGGAGAGCUUCGAGCUCGGGGAGGAGAACGUGCGGUGGUUCGUGAUGGGGGACGACGACACCGUGUUCUUCCCGGAGAACGUGGCGGCGGUGCUGUCGAAGUACGACCACAACCAGAUGUACUACGUGGGGAGCGUGUCGGAGAGCGUGGAGCAGGACGAGGUGCACUCGUACACGAUGGCGUACGGCGGCGCUGGCUUCGCUGUCAGCUACCCGCUAGCGGCGGCGCUGGUGGAGAUAUUGGACGGCUGCAUUGACCGGUACUCGUCGGCGUAUGGAUCCGACCAGAAGAUCGGCGGGUGUAUGAAUGAGAUUGGUGUUCCACUCACCAGAGAACCCGGCUUCCAUCAGUUGGACAUACGAGGAAACGCGUACGGAUUGCUAGCGGCACACCCGGUGGCACCAUUGGUGUCACUGCACCACCUAGACUACGUAGCCCCAUUGUUCCCACACGCUAGCCGGGAACAAUCGGUGAAGAAGCUAUUGGAAGCCUACAACGUCGACCCGGCCCGAACACUGCAACAAAGUUUCUGUUACGACCUCAAGAGAAAAUGGACGGUUUCGAUUUCGUGGGGCUACACAGUUCAGCUCUACCCAGCAGCCACAUUCUCCAAGGCCGCCAAGGAACUGGUGACGCCGUUACAGACUUUCCUAACAUGGAAGACAUGGAGCCAGGGCCCCUUCACCUUCAACACCCGGACCUUGAGCCUGGACUCGUGCAAGAGGCCCAUUGUUUAUUACUUGGAUCGCGUACUUUACGCCCCGGGAGAUGGCUUGGCCGUGAGUACCUAUAACAAGUCCGUUGACUACAGAAAGCAAUGCAGGAAACAGGAAUAUGUUUCUGCCUCGUCCGUUCAAUCUUUCCACGUCUCCGCUCCACUUCUGCAUCCACAUAUAUGGAAAAAGGCUCCACGUCGGCAAUGUUGUGAGGUGAUCAACAAUGGAGAUGAAGUGAUGCAUGAUGCGGUACACGUAAAUAUCAGAGAAUGUUAUAAAGGGGAAUCAAUGACUCCCCCAGAAUAGGUUAGAGAACUAACUAUAAAUAUAAUUGGAAGUCCUUA